CAUCAAUAUUACUUGUCAUUUAACUUCAUGUUAUCUUAGUCAUAAAAUUGGUUGAGUAAGUAGUCGGAUUCAAUCAAUCAAUCAAUAAACAAUCAACCAAACAAUUGACCGACGACUGAUCAAUCAAUCACUCAAAAUAAUUUUCAUGUCAUCUUCUAACCCUUUCUCCAUCAAACAUGUAUGUAAUCUACAACAUUGGACUUUGACAUACGUGUCUGAUAUGCACCAUGAAUGGUUUGUCUUUUGGGGUUAGGCCCCUCGGUCCCGGGGCCCUGGUUGCGCCCUCGGUCGUGGCUCCGCCCCUGUCUCCUAUUGGCUGCAGGAGGAUCGGACUCUCCGAUCUGCGGGACCUUCGGUCUGGACCUCCAUCAGCUCUGCUCGGCGGUGACUCUGAUUUGGAACCGGAGCUGAUCAGAUCCGAACCGGUCCGGUCUGCGGGAUCAUGCGGCUCCCGCUGCUGUGCGUUUGGGCUGGAUGGAUGUUGAUGGUGUCCGGCGACGCGCAGCGGGAGGACGGAGGCGCACCGGCCGCCCGGGAGAGCCGCCGGUCCGGCUGGAGGAGGGAGAGCAGCCGCGGAGCAGGAGAUCCGGACGGAGGGAGCAGGAGAACCGCGGGCGGGCCUCACGUCCCCGGACCUCCAUGUUGCAUCAGGUGGAGUCUGUCGACUCAAACCAGGAAAUGCAUCAAAGCGCGGUGCCCCCCUCCCUGCAGGAACGGAACGUCAUGCCGACAACCCAACACCUGGUGGUGCAGGCCAGGUUUCCAUGGGAACCGCUGCCGGCUUUCCGCCGCUGCACGCUCUCCAACACGUGCCACGCCCACCCGGACCGGCACCACACCUGGUUCACAGGUGAAGAGGCUUUUAACCCGAGCCACUGAAGAAGAUACCGGUUCUGACCCGGUCAGGUCAGGAAGUUCAGGAGCUGCAGCUUUGGGCAGGAAAGAGAAGCGGGGGCGAGUUCUCAAGAAGCUUGGGAGUCCGGAGGAGACCCAGACCUCCUCAGGAGGUCCGGGUUUGACCAGAGAAGGUCCUUCUUCUGAAAAAGCCAGUCUUCACCCCAAAGUAGAGGAGAGAAGAUCUGGACCUAAACGCUUGGAGCAGAAACUGAGUCCUGGACCAAAUGGGGGCCGAGUUCUAACAGCAGGGAGGAGGAGGUGGGAGGAGAAGAAGAGGAGAGAAGUGAAACAGAAACCAAGUCUGAGGGAGGUCCAGUGGAUGCUGCAGAGAAAGACCUCCGGACCCGGAGGACCUGGAGGCGGCAUGGCCACGCUGCUGAUGAAGCACAUCGCAAAGGAGAAAAGGAGGCUUCACAGUCUGACCUCCUCAAACUCCAGCCGCAAGACCUUCUCCCAGCGGGGGCAGGAGUCCAUCAGCACCCCCACAGGAGGGGGGAGAGGACGGGACCGGAUCCGGGUCAUGUUCACGCCGACCAUCUGCAAGGUGCGCUGCAGCCAGGACAGAUGUGUCAACCACUGCGAGAGGGGCAACGCCACCACUGUGUACAGCAGCAGCAGCGGCGAAGGGGGAGCGGGCGUGAGGGACGGCUCUCAUGGACCGGGAUUCAGAGUCUUUCUGUGUCCUCUACUCUGCAAGAAUGGAGGGGUCUGUAUACAGCAGGAUCGCUGCCUCUGUCCGGCAAAUUUCACUGGAAAGUUCUGCCACAUACCCGUCACGCCAGAGGCCCACUUUACGGCAGGCAGGACCUCCUCCAUAAACGAGAUCAUCAAGCCCGCCUUGUUGUCUGCUGCAACGACCAAUCAGGACCUGACUCACUCUGAGUUUCUGCUGCCGCUUGGACAAAACCAGGAGGCCCAGCGGCCCGGCGUCCCCGCCUCCUCCAUGGUGAAAGUCAGAGUGCAGCACCCACCUGAGGCCAGCGUGAAGGUUCACCAGGUGGUAAAGGUGUCGGGAUCCGGUCCCACACAGAGAGCCCUUUCCUCCUUCUCCUCUGGAUCAGCGGGCGCCCCGGCACCAUCUCCAGACCUGAGCACAGCUCCGCCUUCUACAGGAAGCAGCGGGGUGCAGGCCCAGACAGUGAGGGGGGGCGGUACCUACACCCAGCACUCCGGCUUCAAAUACUGUUUCCGAGAAGUCAGAGACGGACAGUGCAGUUCCCCACUUCCUGGCCUGAGAAGCAGGGACGUGUGCUGCUCUGGGAUGGGGAAGGCGUGGGGCCUCACGGACUGCGUCCUCUGCCCAAAGAACGCAGGUCAAAGCAACAGCAGCUGCCCUGCUGGCUUUGGGCGCGUCAACGGAACGCAGUGUGUCGAUGUGAAUGAGUGCCUCCAGCCGGGGCUGUGUGAGAACGGCAUCUGUGUGAACACCAGGGGGAGCUAUAGCUGUGUGUGUAGAGUGGGGUUCAUCCUGGACGCUACUCACGGAGUCUGCAUUUCCCACAGUGUGAUCUCAGAGGAGAAGGGUCAGUGCUACCGGGUUCUGGAUCAGGGCCGGGGGCCGUCCUCCUGCUCUUUGCCUAUCGCCCGGAACAUCACCAAGCAGAUCUGCUGCUGCAGUCGGGUCGGCAAAGCCUGGGGCGCAGACUGCCAGAGGUGUCCUCACUUCGGUUCAGUGUCCUUUAAGGAGAUCUGUCCCGCUGGUCCGGGGUACCACUACUCCGCCUCCACCCUUCAAGUCACCCAGAGAGUCUCAGAGCACCUGGACCCCACAGGUACAGAAUCCGGGUCCAGCAGCAGCAGAACCUCCAUCUCCCAGCAGAAACCUUCUUCCUCGGGAACGACCUCCUCCAGCUUUUCAUCCUUUGGCGCCAGACCCAGUCCACCACAUUUGGAGAUCCGCCCCCGGCCAGAGCCCCGCCCAACAGCCGGUUCUCCUAGACAGCCUGCUAGUGGUGGAGCCAUAGUUCUGCAGGGAAAACCAGCAGUCCAACAGACACAACCUGGUUCUAGUGUGUCACAGUUAGCUCAGGCAAGACCUCAGUCUCCAUCUGGAGGAACUCAAGGCAGUCAGCCCUCCUUCAGGUCCCAACCCAGUCAGUUCCCAUCUGGAGGAGAUCUUUUCCCUCCUGCGGUCCUGCCCAAAAACCCUGCAAACCCCACAGCGCGACCCGCCAGAGUCCAGCCACUCAAAGGUGUCUGUGAGACCAGACCAGGUGUGUGUGGGCGUGGCCACUGUCUGGAUCUACCUGGUGGGAAACACUCCUGUUUGUGUGAGUCGGGGUACGAACAUGGUCCUCAACGGACGACCUGUCAGGACGUGGACGAGUGUCUGCAGAACCCCUGCAGCAACAGUCGGUGUGAAAACACACCGGGCAGCUACAGAUGUGUGUGUCGUCAUGGUUACAGGCUCUCUGGCAACACCUGCACAGACGUUGACGAGUGUGUGGAUCCUCUGCGGUGUCCCGGUCAGGAGUGUGUCAAUACCCUGGGCUCGUACCGCUGCACGUCCUGCCAACCCGGCUAUGGCCUGCUGAACGGGCUCUGCACAGACAUCGACGAGUGCCGCCAGAGUCCAUGCUCCAACGCUCGCUGUGAAAACACUCCUGGAAGCUACCGCUGUGUUUGUCGCCCCGGUUACCGGCUGCAGAACGACACCUGUGCAGACAUGGACGAGUGUGCGGAGCCGUCCCGCUGUAACGGACAGAUGUGCGUGAACUCUGCGGGGUCCUACAGGUGUGUGUCGUGUCGCUCCGGAUACAAGCUGACCAACAGACAGUGCACAGAUGUGGAUGAGUGUGAAAGCGCAGCAGCGUGUGAGGCAGACCGGCGCUGUGUGAACACAGCGGGCUCCUUCAGGUGUGAAUGUCUGCCCGGAUACCAAGCCUCCAGCCUUGGGAGGCAGUGCAGAGACAUCAACGAGUGCUUGGAGGGCGACUUCUGUUUCUCUGGGGGGGAGUGUCUGAACACCCCCGGCUCAUAUAUGUGUGUGUGCUCUCAGGGGUUCACACUGAGCAGCAAUGGCACCGCCUGCAAGGAUGUGGAUGAGUGUCUGAAACCAGGAGUGUGUUCAGAUGGUCGCUGUGUGAACACAGACGGUUCCUUCCACUGUCGAUGUGCAAACGGCUUCGCCUCCAACCCUGAGCGGACGGCCUGCCUCGACGUUGAUGAGUGCAUCUCUUCCAAUGGUUCAGUCUGUGGGUCCCAGCGCUGUGAAAACACGAUCGGUUCGUACCGCUGCCUCACUUCCUGUGAGGCCGGCUACAGAGUUCAGCCUGACGGCAGCUGUGCGGAUGAGGACGAGUGUGCGUCCCAGCCGGGCGUGUGCGGCACGGCGCGUUGUGAGAACCUGAAGGGAGGCUUUGUGUGUAGAUGUGACAUCACAGGGCAGGUGUUUGAGGCGACGAGCAGAAGAUGUGUCAGCGCCGCACCACGCCUGACAGAAACCGGGCGGGGCACCCAGAUCCUGUCCUCUGCAUUCUCCUCCGCUUUUCAUGUCAGAAUGGUGGAGCUGGCUCCACCAUUGUUAGCCCCCACUCCCCCUCCAGUGUCAGCCCCAACCCCCCUCCCCGAGGCUCGUCCUGGGGAGCUGAGGGAGUGUUACUACAACCUGGCCAACAGGGGGAGCUGCAGCCUGCUGGCGGCCAACACCACCCAGCAGGAGUGCUGCUGCACGGUGGGGGAGGGCUGGGGGCUUGGCUGCCAGUAUUACACCUGCCCACCUGCAAACACAGCUGAGUUUCUGGCUCUGUGUCUCAGCGGCAGAGGAUAUGUCACAGCAGGACCAGGAGUCUUCAACUACAGAGAUGUGGAUGAGUGUAAACGCUUCCAGCCUCAGGUGUGUAAGAAUGGAGUGUGUGUCAACAACAUACCUGGAUACAGAUGCUACUGCUACAGCGGAUACGUUUAUAACAGCACGCUGUUGGAGUGUGUCGAUCACGAUGAAUGUGAGGAGGAGACCUGUGUGGGCGGAGUUUGUGUCAACACAGUCGGUUCAUAUUACUGCACCUGUCCUACCCAUCUGGUUCUUGAUGAGACGCAACGAAACUGUGUGAACUCCUCCCACAGCUCUAUGGAUGAGAACCUGUCUGUGUGCUGGCAGCAUGUGAGCGCAGACCUGCUCUGCCAGAGCCCUCUGCUGGGGGGCCAAGUCACCUUCACCGACUGCUGCUGCAUGUACGGCGAGGGCUGGGGGAUGGGCUGCGCCCUCUGCCCGUCCUCAGACUCAGAGGAAUACGCCGCUCUGUGCAGUUCCUUUGCUCCUCCCUUCCCGGACAGCUAUCCUGAACCCCCUGGCCCUGAAACACGACUGCUUCUUGAAUCAGGACGAGGAGCUCCUCCUUAUGGUUCAGACCUGUACACUCGGACGCUGGUCCCCAGCAGAGACUUCAGUCGGCCUGACUACGACGAUUACUCACCAGCAGGGGGCGUCAGGUCGGGUUUUGGGGGGAGGACCCCCGGCACCUCCAGCCUGCCAGAAGAUGCUUAUCGUCCGUCGGAUUACAGUUCUUACUACUCUGAAGGAGACUACAGCUCCCCUGACAGCUCCGCCCCCCAAACCCCUUCAUUCCGACUCCCCCCAGACCCCCGGUCCGAGAUAGGAUUUGGGGCCCGUCCUUUCCCUCCAUCCCGGCCUGACGGACCUCCUCUAAGCCUGGCGCCGCUGCCUGGAUCUCCCUACGAUGAUCAGGAGGAGGAGGACGAGAUGACGUGGAGGCCCAGCCCACCGUUUCCUCCUUUCACUGACAGGAAUCGAGGAGGAGGAGGAGCAGGGGGACGAGGAGCACCAAGGAGGCUGUACGAGAGGCGUUACGAGUUGUACGCUGGACUGAGUGCAGCAGAGGAUUGUGGGAUACUUCAUGGCUGUGAGAACGGCAGGUGCAUCCGUGUCGCUGAAGGUUACACCUGUGACUGCUACCACGGAUACGAGCUGGACAUGACCUCCAUGACCUGCAUAGACGUCAACGAGUGCGAGGACGGCGUUGGCCUGGAGUUCCCGUGCGUGAACGCUCGCUGCGUCAACACCGAAGGCUCGUUCCGCUGCGUCUGCAGGAGGGGGUACGUCGUGUCCCGCAGGCGGAACCACUGCGUGGCUGCGUAGACGGACGGAGGUCCACUGGACCGGCGCGUCGACAGCUGAUAAACCGGGUCAAAGGUCAAAGAGUCCCGGACUGAAGUAGUGUUUUUGAUUGCACUAAACUGAGUUUGUUAACCUCGCCUGUUCAUUCAUCUGCUUUUUGAAGUGAACAAACCCAGUAAAUGCAUCCAAAGGUCACAUCAGGUCACAGUUCCAGGCUGGGGGGGGUCUCAGAACAAAACUGGGGGGUUUACGACUGAAGCAACACAGUCUGUCUUUUAAAAGUUUAAUAAGUGCUGGGAUUUCUGUGAGAUCCAUACGGACAAACAGUGAGUCCGAAACACAAACACAUUAACACACACAACCUACAACAGCCGUCACGCAAAUACAGCACAAUUUCUUCAACCUUCCAGUUCAACCAUGUUCACUGCGAUGGUCGCUGCUGUCAAAAACUGCACUGAGAUCCAACAGAACCAGCCGUUGGUUCAGAAGCCUGUGCAGAACCCAUGAGGUUUAACAAAACGGCAACAUUUAAGAGUUACUGCAACCCUCAAACGUAGUUUUCCACUGAAUAUAAACCGGGUUCUGAAGGUUCUGGUGGAUCACAUAAUCCUGGUUCAGGAACCAAACUUUCCUAAAAUGAAAGGCUGGGUUUUGACGGACAGCACUGAAGAUAACACUUCAACAUUUAAAGAUGUUGCUCAGGUGUGUCGCGUGGAUACCUUCACCUGUAUGCUUGUAUCACCUCCACCUCAUUAAGACACAAAAACACCUAAAGAGCAAAUUCUGAGGAUAAAAACGACACAACAGAGCAAAAAAGAAAAAAACAACAACUAAAAUUGGAUUUUGCUGCUUUAAUGAAAAUUAAAAUGACUGCUGACCAAAGCAAAGCUACACUUUAUCUGUGAAAAAUGCUAGUUUUAUUUAGCACCAAGUCAUCAAAAAAGUAUUUUUACAACAGUUAAAGUUUUUUUCUUUUUUGCGUGUUUUCAGAUAGAAGGUCAUUUUCUGGAGGUUAGCAUUUGUUAAUUAAACACACAAUCAAGUAUUAUUGUUGUUUGGAAAGAAAUACAGUCAUUCACACUAAAUUGUACAUUUUAUUGAUUUACAUUUUUGUACUACGUAGUUUUAGGUUUUCCUUCACUAGCUGCUCGGCUAACAGCUGCAGAUGUAUUUAUCAAAAAUUAGAAGAAACAAAUAUUAACUUUGUCCGAAUUCUUUCACUACGUCGUUCUCUGUAGCUGCGUUUCCACUGACUGUGAGAACAAAGUGGAUUUACGAUUAGAAAUUCGCCAACAAAUUCACUAAACUGCAAUGGAAACACUUUUCAAGUUGAAUGAGUCACGUGACCACCAAGCGGAUGGCGAUGCCCGUCUUGGUAGGAACUGGCGGCCUUGGGCGCUGCACGGCGGGCGCCACCAGAGGUCCCACAGCGCCACACAACUCAUGUGGAAUUGUUGGAUCCACAGCUCCUCUGGAAAACCACCAUUUCCCAAAAUGGCUUCCCUCUUAGCCCCUCCCACAUGGGAGGAGCUCGCCGCUCCACGGCCUCCUUUGAUAGAUGAUGAUGAGCGCUGGAGCCGUGGCAGAAAUGUGAUGUAUCUGCUGUCAAUCAAAGUAUUGCUCACACCCUGUUAGUGUGUAUCGAUGCUCACUAGAUCAGCAAAUAUAGACCACAAUGCAUUGUGUUCGAAGAUUUGUUGUUUAAAUUGAUCGUUUCAUCCUCAGAACACAGUGGAUUCAUAAAAAGUCUUUGUAAAAAGUUCAGAUUUAAAAAGUUUGUAUUUUGGAAAACGGUUGACAUCAUGAGCGUGUCGGAGUUAAAAUCUAGAAAACUUGUUAGUCUUGCUCUAGAUCCUUUAGGGUUCUGGAGUCGUGAAGGAAUUCAGACUCACAGACGACGUCUUUUCUCAACAGUGAAGCUAAGAAAUCCUCUGUUUUUAUUAUCCUCCUUACAUACUGAAAUAUAUAAACAGUACAGGUAGACGUUCAUUUCUUAACUGGAAAACAAUUAAGCCGACCAGAAUAAAAGAUGUUAAAAAAUCUCUUCUUGUUAAAAAACACAACUGUAGUCACUGAAAAAUCAAAGACAAAAAUUCCAGGAAGUUCAGGAUUUCAAGGUUGAACAGGUUUUGUUUAGCGAGCUCUUGAGAUGGAAAACAGACAUGUUUGUACAUUUAAACGGAAGAAUUUAGAAAUCCUAGCUAAUCCUUUGAUGACUGACUUCAUUUUUACAUUUCUACUGCAGUAAAAAUGUUCCUGUUGGAGUUGUAAAUACAAAAUAUAAGUUUGUAAGUGUGGCUAAAUAAAGUUUGGCCUCUUUAGCAGGUUUCCAUUAGUUGUUCUUGUUG